GCUAAUGACAAAGAUAGAAAACCACAAAGCAUAGAGGAGUAGGGCCAGUAACCUCAUAUAUAUAUUCAUAUAUAUGUAUAAAAAUUUAUAUACCAGUGUUUAGUAUUUACAUACAUGCAUAACAAUUAAACGAACAAUAAAAGUUAUAAAAUUAAAUCGAAUAUUAAAUAUAAUUCAGUGUACUGCCAAUCAUUAAAGUGACGGGUUGAUUUCUUACUCAAUUAAUAAAUAAAAAGUCAUUAGAAAUAAUUAAAGAUGAAUAAAAUAAUGAAAUCACUUGCGAGUAAGGAGACCCGUGAUUAUUUAAUGAGUACACACUUCUGGGGUCCAAUAGCUAAUUGGGGUAUCCCGAUAGCAGCAAUCGCUGAUAUUCAGCGUGAUCCCAAGUUUAUCAGUGGGAAAAUGACUAUUGCUCUGUGUCUUUACUCGGCGAUGUUUAUGCGAUUUUCAUUGAAAGUCCAACCAAGAAAUCUACUACUUUUUGCUUGCCAUUUUACAAACGAAGGCGCGCAACUCACACAAGGAUUCAGAUUUAUAAAAUAUCAUUAUUUAGACGAUAAAAAGUCACAAGAUAACUGAUUACUUUAAACUGGAAGCUUUAAAUAUUUAUUAUAUUUACAUUGUCAGUGUAAAUUAUUGCUCCAGAUCUGUUAGAAAUUUUUUAAAUAAUUAUAUUAUGUAUAUUUAUUUAAACUCUA